UGAAAAGGAGGGGCACAUGCACCCGCAAUGUCAUUGUCCAGGUCAGGUCAGAACGGGGGUCCUCGGAGACACCCCAGACUCAGACCAUCGUCCUUACUCAGGCCCCCCUCAGCUGGAGUGCUCCAGGGGCCCUCUGUGGGGGUGCCUCAUGGCCCGCACCCCUCUUCGUGGCAGCCUCUGUGCUGGAGACCAGCAUGCCUGCCUCGGCCUUUGGGGGCCCCCAGGCUGGCAAGGGAGGCUUGGCCCCAGGCCUUCCAGCCCCAGCCCCGCCCCUGGCUGCCCAGCCGACCCCCAUCGUGCCCCCAGUGAGCGCCGGGCCACAGCCUCACGGAGCUUCCAGGGAGGGCAGCCUGGCCAGGAGCCCGACCACGGCCUCGCCCGAGGACUCCUGUAACCCCAGGAGUGUUUACGAGAACUUCAGGCGCUGGCAGCGCUUCAAGUCGCUGGCCCGGAGGCACCUCCCGCAGAGCCCCGACGCAGAAGCUCUCUCCUGCUUCCUCAUCCCGGUGCUGCGGUCCCUGGCCCGCCUGAAGCCCACUAUGACGCUGGAGGAGGGGGUGUGGCGGGCCGUGCAGGAAUGGCAGCGCAGAAGCAACUUCGACCGCGUCAUCUACUACGAGAUGGCAGGAAAGUUCAUGGAGUUUGAGCUGGAGGAGGAGAUGCAGAUUCAGAAGUUGCAGUGGCUGAAGGUGGCCCAGGGCCUGCCUCCUCCGGCUCCGCCGAAGCCUGAGCCGCGGGGGCCCCCAGCCCCAGAAGCGGGCCCACAGCCAGCGUGCAUUCGCAGGAAGGCGGGUUCCAGGGCCCAGCCCUCCCGCCUGCAGCCACACAGACCCCCACGGGCCCUGGAGAACAAGGCGCCCAAGGAGAUCCCCCCUGAGGCCGUGAGAGAGUACGUGGACAUCAUGGAGGGGCUGCUGGGGCCUGGCCACUCAGCCCCGGGGGGGCCAGCAGGUGAAUGGGGAGAGGACGGAAAGGAGCCACAGCAGGAUGAGGCCACGACCUACCCGGACCCGGGUCUCCUGAGCUACAUUGACAAGCUGUGUUCCCAGGAAGACUUCAUCACCAAGGUGAGCUGGCCUGGUGUCUAG